AAAAGUUUUGUUAAGUGUGUAUGCAUCAUCAUCAUGGUUCAUAAACAACUCACCAAUAACACAAAUUCUAACGUACCACGUUACCCAUAAGGGAAUAACACAUAAUAAAAAUGCAUAUAUAUACACAGUGUGUUUUCUCUGCUUAAGUCUUGUGCUCUGAAGAAAAAGGGGUCUUGAGUCUUCUGGUUAGAAUGGCGAGUAACGACAACAUCGAAAACAGGAACAAGAAGAGCGAGAAAGAGAAGGACUGUGAGGAGUUUAUGUUCGAACAGAAUGAAGAAGCUGAACCUCAAGACAUUGAAGCUGUCAAGUUCGAGAGCGAAAGCAGCAGUGGGAGUGGCAGUGACGACGACGACGACGACGAUGGGAAUCGUCAUCGCAGAGGACAUCAACCUGAAUCAUUCACUUCUCAGCAGUGGCCUCAAAGUUACAAAGAGACUACAGAUUCUUAUACCAUUGCUGCAGCACCGAAUUUCGAAUCAUUUCUACGAGGGCCGAGUUUUCUUUAUUCGAGUUUCGCGCGUUCAAAGAGCAACUUGGAGAUAGAUGGAAAGACUCCUUUACUGUCAGGUCAUGAAGGCAUCACUCGAUCAUCAACAUGGUGGGAGAAAGCUUCAAUUCAAAGGCAUGUUACUGGAGAAUUGCCUAUUGGUUAUGGAUGCAGCUUAACUCAAACAAUUUUCAAUGGGAUUAAUGUUAUGUGUGGAGUUGGUCUUCUAUCUACACCAUAUACUGUGAGACAAGCAGGGUGGGCCAGUAUGGUGGUGAUGCUUUUUUUUGCCAUUGUAUGCUGUUAUACGGCCACCCUUUUGAGACGCUGCUUUGAAAGUAAAGAAGGAAUCAUUACCUACCCGGAUAUAGGAGAAGCUGCAUUUGGAAGAUAUGGCCGUAUUGCUGUAUCAAUCGUUUUGUACACUGAAUUAUAUUCAUACUGUGUGGAAUUCAUUAUCUUGGAAGGAGAUAACCUUAGUAGUGUGUUUCCGGGAACUUCCAUAGAUUGGGGAGGUCUCAAGUUAGACUCUGUGCACUUGUUCGGAAUUCUGACCGCACUUCUUAUUCUUCCUACGGUUUGGUUGAAGGAUCUUCGCUUAAUCUCUUAUCUAUCAGCUGGAGGGGUUGUUGCAACAAUAUUGAUUGUGAUCUGUGUUUUUUGUGUUGGGACAAUUGAUAAUGUUGGAUUCCAUCACACUGGUGAAGUGGUGAGAUGGAGUGGCCUGCCAUUCGCCAUUGGUAUCUAUGGCUUUUGCUUUGCAGGACAUUCCGUUUUUCCAAAUAUAUACCAGUCCAUGGCGGAUAAAUCACAAUACCCCAAGGCAUUAAUAACAUGUUUUAUUUUGUGCGUUUUGAUAUAUGGAGGUGUUGCAGUCAUGGGAUACUUCAUGUUUGGUGACAGCAUUUUGUCCCAGAUAACAUUGAAUAUGCCAAAGGGUGCAUUUGCUUCCAAAGUUGCAUUAUGGACAACAGUAAUCAACCCAUUUACUAAAUAUGCUCUGUUGAUGAAUCCACUGGCAAGGAGUCUAGAGGAGUUGCUGCCCGAAAGAAUUUCUAGAACUUACUGGUGCUACAUUCUUCUUAGAUCUGCACUGGUUGCAUCUACGGUUUGUGCUGCAUUUCUGAUUCCAUUUUUUGGGCUUGUGAUGUCUUUAAUUGGUUCUCUCUUCAGCAUACUUGUGUCAGUGAUAAUGCCUAGUCUUUGCUUUCUGAAAAUUGUGGGCAAGAAAGCUACAAAGAUGCAGGUUGCCUUGAGCAUCAUCAUUUCAGGAGCGGGAAUCAUUUGUGGACUCCUCGGAACUUAUUCCUCUCUGCUAGAUAUUGCGAAUAGUUACUAAAUCAGAUCUUUCAGCACUGAUCAUGUUGGUUAAGUUAUUAUGGAUUCAGAGUUAGAAAUUUACCUUAUAUGGCUAGUAGUGGAGCCAUUUGAAUUAUUGCGGGAAUAACUUGUAAUGAAGCCUAUUUAAUAGCUUGCUUUGAACGAACCAGAACAUUUCAUUAUCUAGGUUUGCAUUCUUUUUAGUGGAGUAUUAAUGUCCUAUAAUCGUGUUACUGUUGAAUAAUUAUUAGUUUAUGCCUUGGACUCUUAUUAGUUUGCGUUU